AUAUGGAGUAGAGGAGACAAGAUAAGUAUAACCAACGUAUCGUAGAACCUAUAAAGAGCCACUGCCGGACUGGCUAGAUAUUUGCUAACUUGCUUUGUUUUCGAUACAGAAGAUGUUUUUCGUGAACUUGGACCCUGGAUUCUCGGCUUAUUUACCGGGGGUUCUGCCUGUGGCUUUUUGGGGUUGAGCAACUCGAAGAUUUAUUGCAGAUAAGUAGCUUUGCCUUCUUUGUGAAUGAAUUCUUAGGAUUGGUUGUUUUUGUUUGUCUCGAGUUUGUUGGGUGCUUUUAUUUGCUGCUGGUUUUGGUGAAUGAUUUGGGUGGGUUUCUAUGUGGGUAUAUGAAGGUUUUACAUAUUUUGUGGACUUUGUGAUCGGUAUAGAGGUUUUUGAAGUGGGUUUCGAUUCUGGUUUGAUCUACAGGGGAAUGGGUUUGCUUGCUUGAUAAUUUGAAUAGUCCCAGGAAGGUUGUACAAGUAAAUUGAAAAUGCUUUAGGAAGGAGAGUGCAUGGAGUUUAUACGAACUGCUUCAACAGGGUGGGAAAGGCAGAUGAACUAGGGUUAUUGGGUUUAUGGGUCUGAUUUGAAUUGUUGUUGGGAACAAGCAAUGGAAGGAAAUUUAUCACAAGGAGGUAUGAUUACAGGUGGCGCUUCCUAUGGAGGGUUUGACUUGCAAGGAUCAAUGAGAGUUCAUCAUCAAGCACAACACCCACAUACAAUACAUCACCAUCAAUCUCGAACUCGCCAAGGGACUUCCGUACAUCCCUCGGUUCAUGUGGGGCUUCCACUUUCAACGGGAUCUAUACAAAACUGCGAUCAAACCAUUCCAGUGGCAGAUUUCAAUAGUGGAGAGCGGAGCAAAAACUCAGCGAGUGAUGAGGAUGAGCCAGGUUUUACUGAAGAGGGUGUUGAUGGUCUUAAUGAAGGGAACAGAGGGAAGAAGGGAUCGACGUGGCAUCGUGUGAAGUGGACUGAUAAGAUGGUGAGGCUUUUGAUUACUGCUGUUUCUUAUAUAGGUGAGGAUGCUGCUUCAGAUUGUGUUGGUGGGGGCAGAAGGAAAUUUGUGGUACUACAAAAGAAGGGUAAGUGGAAAUCUAUCUCAAAGGUUAUGGCUGACAGGGGUUAUCAUGUUUCCCCUCAGCAGUGUGAGGAUAAAUUCAAUGACCUCAACAAAAGGUAUAAGAGGCUUAAUGAUAUGCUUGGGAGGGGCACUUCUUGCCAGGUUGUGGAGACCCCGGCUCUUUUGGAUGUGAUUGAUUACCUGACAGAGAAAGAGAAGGAUGAUGUGCGAAAAAUACUAAGCUCAAAGCAGUUAUUCUAUGAAGAGAUGUGUUCUUACCAUAAUGGUAACAGAUUGCAUCUGCCUCAUGAUCCAGAAUUGCAGUAUGCAUUACAUUUGGCUCUUAGAAGUAGAUAUGAUCAUGAUAACGAUGAGGCAAGGAGGCACCAACUUGAUGAUCUAGAUGAAGAUGAUCAAGAUAUGGAAACUGAUGAUCGUGAUGACUUUGAAGAAAAUCAUGCUUCUCAUGGGGAUAACAGGGUCAUAUAUGGAGUGUCAGGGCCAGCGAAGAAAUUGAGACAAGUGCUUGCUCAUGAAGAUGCUAGUUUGGAUUACAACAAAAGUACUUAUUCUCCUUCAAAAAUUGCCCAAGCUGAUGUGAAUCAAGCCUUGCCUGACAGCACAAGACCGGCUUGGUUACAAAAACAGUGGAUUGAAUCUCGUUCACUUCAGUUAGAAGAACAGAAGCUACACAUUCAGGUUGAGAUGUUGGAAUUGGAGAAACAACAGCUCAAAUGGCAGAGAUUUAGCAGGAAAAGAGACCGUGAGUUGGAAAAGCUGAGGAUGGAAAAUGAGAGGAUGAAACUUGAGAAUGAACAAAUGGCCCUAGAAUUGAAGCGGAAAGAAAUGAGUGCUGGCUUUAACUAGUUAGCUGGUCUUGUCAAACUUUGAUUAGGCAAUAGGUACAUACUUGCUAGAGUCUCCUUCUGCUACUAGUAAGCUGCAGUUUGUUUUCGAGGGGAGUACCACAUAUUGGUUUGGGAAACCUUGUUAAUUAUGAUGCUACCUUCCUAUCCUUUGUAAAUGUGGGAUUAUGACAAUACCAAUGGAUUAUUCUCAUUCAUUGCCUAAAACGAAAUGGUAUUGCCUGUAGUUGAAAAGUUAUGUGGCUAGCAUUUCCUGUUUUUACUUUUUAAGUUUCAAUAUUUAAUGCUAUAUGUAUGUUGUUGUUA